AUGAUGACGACGAAUAAAGAGAAAAAGAGAAUUCCACCAAAUUGGCCCAAAGAGAUCAAAUACUUGAGUGAAAACAUUUUUUCACCCAAUGAUUUAUCAACAAACAUCAGGAACCACUUUAGUGAUCAAAAUUUAACCAAACAAUAUCCGAAUCAUCCAUUCACCUCCUCCCCAUUACCUCCAAUUGUAUUUGCGCCACCGUCGCAACCAAGCCCUGUAGUGAAAAUACUUUCCCUUUCGAAUUCAAAUCAUCCCGCAGCACCCGGACGUGGCUUAUUCGCGAAAAAAGAUUUACGAGAGCGAGAAUUGAUUGUAUGCUAUACAGGAAAAGUGACCACGACAACUGGACGAAUUAACACCAGGAACAAUAUUAACGAUAAAGGAGAUGAUGAUGAAAAGGAUAAUAUCGAUAAUAAUUAUGUUGAGGCAAGAUUCAUAAAUGACUAUAGAAGCAUUGCGGCUAAGCCGAAUGCUGCUUUUAACGAAUUUAUCGAUGCACGUACGGGUGAAUUGAAAAUGGGUGUUUGGGUAAUGCCGGGCAUUGGAAAAAUAAAGAAAGGAGAUGAAAUUUUGGCAAGUUAG